GUGGCGCUGAGAACGCCGGCAGCAAAAGCGGGUCGGGCUACACCUGGACUCCGGCGUCGCCCAAGAUUGGGCCUGCUCCGACCCUCGAGACAGAGAGUCGGGAGCAGCGGAUUUUCGAGGGGCGAUCGAGCUGAUGAGCGAUGCCUGUCACGCGUCGAGCGAUCGACCUUCAGCGGCGCAAUGCGCAUUGCGUCGAUGCUUGAGACUCGCACCCACUCGUUCUUGGCUGUGCUCGUCUCCGGAGGUGGGCUCCAGCGUUCGAUCUCCUGCUUCGGCCGCUGAGCGGGACUGUCAGCUGAGUGAGUUUCGCAGUUGCCUGGAGGGUGCUCGUAAGGGCCGCCAUCUCCGCCCAGCUCGUGGGUCCGUCCGACGCGGCACAUGCGCUCGAGGCUCUCCCCGUAGGCGCAGAGGUGUCGUGGUAGUCGCCAGGAUGUUGGCUCCUUCGAGGCCGAUAGGCGGGGCGCGGACUCUUUUGCGAAUCGCUCGAGAUGUUUAGCCGGAGGUGGAGGUGGAGGUCGAGGUCUUGAGAUGCGAAGCUCUGUGGGCCACGAGACGAUGCCGCUCAAGCGGUCGCUGUCCUCGGGGCGCGCCGGGCAGAAUGGGCGGUGGGCGCUUCUGGCCUUGGUUUGUUUGAUCUUCGUCGGCCUUUUGUGGUUGGCCCCGGUCGAGGAAGGCGAUGAGGAAUUCCGCAAGACCGAAGACUGGAGCGACGAGGUUGAGCGCCAAUUGGGGGACGUGGACGCGAAGAGGGGCGUUUCGAAACUCUCUGGCUCGGAGACGGCAGUGUGGGCCGGUGAGGAUGGAUUGCCAGACUCCACCAGCUCCCAUAAGCGACAUGGAGGCCGCAGGCGCGAGGCGAUCGCCGACGAGGACGAGGAAGAGCGAACAGAUGAUGGGGACAAGGCGACGGGAGAAGUCGAGGAUUCAGAGCUCUGCGACCGCACUAAUUAUCCAGCAGCAUGGGAGCUGAAAUCCGACCAGCUCACAAUUCUCAUCAACGGGUUCGCCGAAGCGCGCCUUCCUCUGCUGCAGAAACACGUACGAAUGUACUCUAUGAUCCCCAUUGUCAAUUCCAUCUACAUUCUCUGGAGUAACAUCUCGACACCCGCAGAACUUCUGGAAGAAGCGAACUUCGAAAGUCUCGGAGCUCCGAUCUACCUCGUCAGGCAGAAAUCCACCAGCCUCAACGAUCGUUUCUUACCCAGAUCCUACAUCAAAACCAGAGCGGUGAUGAUUUGUGAUGAUGACAUCACCGUGGACCCCAAGAGCCUCACUUUCGCGCUGGACGUAUGGCGAGAAGAGCAAGGCCGGAUCGUUGGCUUCUUUCCUCGGUCCCACGCUUACGAACUGGACUCCAAGUCGUGGAUGUAUGUGAAACAACAGGGGAAGUACUCAAUCAUGCUCACCAAGUUGAUGAUCCUGGCCACCGAGUACUUGUACCUCUACACAUGUGAAAUACCCAAGGGCGUCAAAGAGUAUGUCGAUGACGGGAUGAAUUGUGAAGAUAUUGCCAUGAAUUUCGUUGUGUCGAGCCACAGUGGAAAGGGUCCUCUUCUGGUUGAGGGCAAGCCCCGGGACUGGGGAGAUACACGGAACACGGAUGAUGAGGAGCUCAGCGCGGGUGCUCUGAGUGGACGAGGGGGUCACAGGAAGAAUAGGGGAGACUGCAUCACAGCGUUCCAGAAAUUCUGGAAUGGAAUGGAGCUGAAGUUCAGCUACACCAAGGCCGUAUCCCAGCUCGAAGAACAGGUGUACUGUGACAAGUUUGGUUACUUGAUUGACUGUGACAAGCAAGUGACCUCUAAGAGGGAGGCCCGUCGCUAUGCGGGCGAGCAUGUAGUUUCCUACACUCACCGCUAUGCUUAUGCAACAUUCCUGCCGUCCGAUUCGCACUUGAAUUUGUCACUUUUAUUGGCACAGUCCCUACGUAGCUCUGGGACUGUCCACGACCUUGUGUUGUUGGUGGAUCCGUCCUGUACCGUCAUUCGAAAGAACCAUGUAAUCUACGAACACUAUGAUGAGGUAGUGAUGUUGCAAACGCCCCAGGGUCUGGAUUUCAAGAACCAGCUCGGUAAGCUGAAUGCCUGGCUUCUGACUGAUUACCACAAGGUUGUGUAUCUCGAAAUCGAUUCUCUCGUGCUGGCUAAUUUGGACCAUCUUUUUAUGCUGUCGGAGCCGGCAGCAGCUCCCCGAGUUUUCAUGCCAGGGAAAUUCAGCACAGGAUUGCUGGUGUUGAAACCUUCCAAUGCCACAUACAACCAGCUGCUGAAGAGCCUGUCUAGAGUUCGAAUGCUCACGGGCCGAAGAAGACAGUAUUUGCUGAACUCACAUUUUAGCGGUUGGUUCCAAAUGCCAGUUGAAAAUCGGUUGCCUGCACGGUACAACACGCCGGUGGUCUUUUCCAAGCAGCUUCGAGUCCCGAUCUGGUUUGAUGUGAAUCGUGCUUUCGAAUUGUUGGGCCCUCCGAUGGUCUUGAGGUAUGGAAAUUCUAGGAUUUCCUCCAGGCAUGUGGAUCCUUCUUACGGAAUCGUCAACUCUUGGUGCGUAUCCCGCUUCAGGCUAUUUGAAGCUCUUCAGGACAAUGACUUUCAUCCCAUGGAUGAAGAGAACAUGACCUUCUUCAGUUGGAUGCCGGUCGAGAAGUGGAAUGCGAGUGACAUGACAUGGCCACCAAAGCCCCCAGUGAAUCCAACGAGCAUCACCUUCUCCGUCGAGAAGUCAGAGUUGAGGGAGGCUUUUGUAACUGUGUUGUGGAAAGAAGAGACAUUAUCUUUGGCAGGAUGGGCUGAGUCAUUUUAUCACCAUCAUCCAGUCCGCUCUGGUCGUAAAAUGAUUCUGCUAGUCUCGUCAUUCGUGGAUCCUGAGUAUUAUGCUGAAUAUCGUUCGUAUUUUGACGAGAUCAGAGUCGUGAGUCGAGUCCUUUCUAACGGAAGAACUGCCCAUGGGUCCUUUACUUUGCUGCACUUGUGGAACCAGACAGAUUAUGACAAACUGGUCUACGUGGCUUCAACCUCUCUGUUUGUGGACAAUUGCAACUCCUUAUUAGAUCAUAAUCCUUUUGCAGCGGUACCUAGUAUUUUCCCUCCGGAUUCAUUUUCGACUGAGGUCAUGGUGAUACAACCAGAUGAGCAGACAUUCAGCAUUCUUCAGAAGAAGCUUUCGACGUACGAUUACCCAAGUCAGCCCGUAGAGCAGUUUUUGAAUGGGCAUUACAAUGAUUGGUACCAUAGGUCCGCCCUGCACCGAAUCAGUCCUUAUUACAGUGUUAGUAUGGCCUUCGACUCCCAUCUUCGAAAUUCUCCUCUUCCAUGGAAAGUCCUGAGUUUCAACCUCGACUGGCUACCAAAUGAGGAAGCAAAUGUAACGAGAUUGUGGAAGAGAACGGUAUGUGAACUCAAGUCGACAGCAAGGUCGCCAAACCUGGUGUCACCUUUCUGUGAAGCAUCAUUUGCGGAGCUUGUAUAAUACUAGCACCUUCCAAGUCUUUAUGAAGAUGCAUACUCCUUACGCGGGCUGACCCUUGGUGAUCUAUUUUGACCAUCACGACUAUAUAUUACUUUGGCCCACCAUGUCUAAUGGUUGAGGAGGCUUUAUCGUCAAAGGCCUCGGUGCGGCAGGACAAACACAAUAAAUGCGUCAUCUAUGACUGGUUAUUGUUUGAUGCUAAAUCUUCCUUUAUCGAAGGAGAAUUUCAGACACAAGGCCUGAUCAGCAUACGAGGCAAGUCAUUGACCAACUUGACACUCAUGUACGUACAGGAUGCUGCAUGUGGCUGCUGGGACCAGGAUGAUGUGAAUGAGGUUUCCACGAAUAUUACAGGAGGUCAAGGAGACGCGCUAUCUCAUAUUUUGAGACUGUUCCACGAUAUUGACUCCAAUCAACACGAGUUUGGUCUAGUAUCGAACUCCCAACAGUCCGUUUAUGAGAGAUUCUUGCUGUGCACCCGCUGAGACUGGUUGAAGGUUGUUCGAGUCUGUAUCCACAGUAGGAUGAUUUCGAGGAACUUCAAAGAGGGUCUUUUACUUCCACAUGAUCUCCGCAAGUGAGGUUCAUUGGUUACAUUUCAAUUAUUUUCUCAAUAAGCUACUUCCAGCUGAGCAAGGCAAACACUGUACAGUCGAGAAUUAGCUUCCCACUACACUCCUUCGUUAAAAGGCGUUUCCAACACAGUGUACAGUUGUGUAUAAAAUCUGGAAGGCCAACACAAUAUUCUUGCUCGCUGUAG